GUCGCACGCGCCCAGUCGUCUCUGGCGAGCGGAGUCGCCCUGACGUCGCGGUAAACAACUUAGUGAUCCAAAAACGCUGUCCUCACUUUUGAAAUUAGAACCGUACGAUGGUUUAGUAGUGACACGUUUACGUGGAACUAACCGUAGUUCAGUGCAAUUGCUUAAACGGUGGAAGUAAAGACCUUUGAUGAGGGCUAUAGAUACUAGGGCGGCUAUUUUGGUAUACCUCACAUUGGUAUACAACGUAGUAUUUGAAUUCCAUUAAGUGUUAUUGAGUUUUCUCCGGACAUAAUACCUGCUUUAUGGAUUGAGCAGCGAAUUGGCCACGCAACAAUGCCUGAAUCAGCGCAACAACAUUAGUGUCAAGUAACGCGAUAUACCAUAAAGGAAUAGGCAGAAUUACCACCGUGAUGCAGCUCAGCUGAGACGAGCGCUAUGGUCGCUAAUAGAGCCGCUUCGCCAACAUGGCCGAUGAAGAGAAACUCCCGAUCCCGCCAACUCUUCUUGAGAAGCUCCUCUUCUACACCACAGCUUCGUUCGUCUUGCUCGCGAUCUUCAGCCUGUUCGCCUUCCUGUUCUUAGUUCCCUUCGUCAUCGAGCCAGCGUUCACGACAAUCUUCAUGCAAUUCGACCUGAACCCGGCGCUAUGUGUGACGGCCGGAGUGAAGCAUCUGGUCGGCACCAGCAACUGCUCGUGGGCAUCUUGCCGCGAGGGAUGCACCAAGGAUCUGUUUGAGUGCACCCAGAUCCGGGUCAACUACAAGCUCGGACCUGACUCCAACAUUUCCGCCACUGAGUAUGAAAACCUCAUCAGGAUGGACCGAGCAAUCCGGGAGUAUGAGUACGAGAACUACGACUCGUCUGUCGACAGAGCGUAUCCGGAGACGGCAGAAGAAGAUGGCAUGGAUUUACCCGACGCACUACCCACCGGUCUUCAAGGGAACGAUUCCGAAUGGUACUUCACUGGGGCGAGACUCUUCCCGAACGUGAAAGGCUGCGGCUACCCGCCCAUUUUGAAUUGCACCAUAUUCUUCGGAAAGUACAUUAAAGUUGGCAACAACUACACUUGCUACCAUAGCAAAGUGGACCCCGGGAUAGUAAUCACUGAGCUGGACAUGUGGCAGAAUACGCUGAACUUAGUUUACGCCAUAGCCAUUCCUGUGCCAUCGUUUUUCAUUUCGGUGAUAUAUUUAACGUUUGCUUACUUCAAGAUUUAUAAUACUGAAGCAGAGUCAGAGCAGGAGCCUCUACAGGGUGAUGCUGAGGCGAUGGCUACUGGUGAUGAUGAGAAGCCGAUCACUCCAGGGUCGGAUACGUUCAGAGAAGACCUGGCUUGCUUCGGCCAUGAGCUGAGACUCGCGAUUGAAAAGGACAAGGAAGGCUUCGAGUCGAAUAGUCCACCGAUUUCAAAUUCUGCGUCGUUGUCUGGGACCAAGUCUUCCUUCGUGAAUGCCUAGUCCCGGUGAUGUAACACUCACCGAGAUGACAAGACAGCUGAAGUUGCGAGGACUCUCAAAAACUGCUCGACCACGAGUUUUUGUGAAGAGCUAAGGUCCCCUCGGACACCCUGUGUGGUCGAAAAUCGACUUGACAGAUGACGCCAAUAGUGGCGCGUGCGCAGGUCAGGACUAAAGUGAGAAGUGAGUGAGGCAUGGGUGAGCGAAAGAUAAAAAAAUAUUUAUUUUUAAUUUUAAACGCGUUGUGAAGAAUAUUAAAAUGAGGAUUUUGAAAACAUUUUUUAAUACAUACUUCGUUUCGGGUAUGACAAAAGUUUGAUGAAAAAGAAUGUAUUCGUUUCUAUACCCACUGGUACAGUAUGCUAAAUAAAAUAACGAAAUUAUUUGAAUAUUGUGUUGCUCAAUUUCUUUAUUUUGUUGCAUUAAUAAAAAGUGUUUUCAAAAACGAUUCGAUAAAUAUAGUGA